AUGGUAAUAAAGAAGCGGCCUGCAGGUUGGGCAAAGAGACAGAGCCGCUCUUUUAAGUGCAGUGGCUACGGCAAUUGUGAAAUGUCUUUUACUAGAGCAGAACACCUGGCUCGUCAUAUUAGAAAACACACCGGCGAGAAACCGUUUCAGUGUGAGGUAUGCAGUCGUUAUUUCAGUAGAAUAGAUAACCUGAAACAGCACCGCGAAUCGGUUCAUGCCAUGGGAUCAAGAAGGGGUGAGCAUGGUACAGUUCGGUCAACAGGGAUGUCGCGCAAGUUUUCUUCAUCUUCAUUGUCUUCCUCUUCGUCUUCGUCAUCUUUAUCAUCUGCAUUACUAUUAGCAUCGAUGCCGUCACUUGCUACGAUCGCUUCAUCUUCCGAGGUAUCCACGGCAUCGCCUAGGUCUUUGUCGCCGCAUGAGAACGUAGAACGGCCUGGCACUGCUGCUGCUGCUACUGUAGCAGCUACCAAGGCCUCCAAUAGACCGGUGCUUCCACCUAUUUUUGUUGGUAAUCCCGUGCUCGAUACUUAUGCGCCCUUGCAGCGCGAGCCCGCACCUAUGUGUGGUGAGCGUGCUGACACACAUUUAAGAGAUCUGCAAUUCAACGCUGCUGCAACGGAAAACUCCAUACGCUCGAUGAGAAUGACAUCUGCAGCGUCGAAGUUUUCAACGACUCCGCCUGCGGUGACCAAACGCUACAACACCGGCACGCACGUCGGUCGCAUCUCCGUGAGCUCCAUGCUAUCGUGGGGAUAUGACUCCACCGUAUAG